GGCAACGGAAUUAAUAUUUAAUUAAAACUAGUAAAUGUGAACUGCGCGUAGUAAAUUUAGUGUGUACUCAUAAACGCAAUGGCCAAAAAAAUAUCAUUUAAUGUGGUAUUUGCCUCAGACGAAGACGCCAGCUUUCCGGCCAGCGAGCUUAAUAACCAUGGCCCCACAGUGCACGGCUGGCGUAGUGCCGUAAGCAGCGGACUGAAUACACACGAUAUUGUUUUGCGUUUUCAUCAGCCGGCAAAGAUCUACCGCAUACAACUCUUAGCCCACCAGUAUCUGAUACCUGAAAAGGUUGAACUCUGGCUGCAUUACUCACCAAAGUCAAUACCUAGCACGCCAUCUUCGCAGUACUUUGAUUUUCUGGGCUUUGUGGCGCUGGCAGAUAAUGCCAAUACCAACUACAAGUCCCGCGAGCUGCAAAGCGUUACAGUCAAUCCCAGGCGUGGUACACACUUGAAGCUACGUCUAAUAGGCGCACAUAGCAAUCAGUAUAGCAGCAAUGGGCAAAUUGCUCUAAUAGCAGUCAAUGUGCUUGGCGAGGAACUGGACAGCGCUCACCUCGGCAAUGGCGAGGAGCAAAUGAAUGGAGAGGCGCCACCAGUGGAUACUGCGACCGGUGAACUCGCACUCGCCUCCAUUUGCGAUGAUCUGCUGUUCUCCAUGUAUGUGGAGGAGUCUGUGGUGCAUCAUAUACGUGAACUGGAGCAGCGCAAACUGCGAGCUGUAACCACAGAGAGAUUCGAGUAUGCUCGCAAGCUAAAGCUCUGCAUGACAGCGCUACGUACAGCAGGUGAACGUUUGGGACGCUAUGCGCUGGCCAAGCGCCAGGCUGUCCAGCAGGAGGACUUUGGUGCCGCCAAGCUGCGCAAGGAGCAAAUUGAAAUGUAUCGCGCUUGUGUGCUGAAACAGCUACAAGUACAGCAGCUGCUUGAAACUGAGGGCUAUCAGAGCGCCAAUGAUCUAAGCUGCGAUAUCUAUGCGGGUGGCAAGCCUAGCCUGCCGCCUGCGCCGAGCCUGCAGGAUGUGGCACAAGCCUUGGCCGAGCUAAGCUUAGGAUCGAAGUGUGCCAGCAGCAGCACCCAAGACGACAAAUCCUCGACAGAUGGCUGCAGCAAUGACAGUGUCAUCGCCGCUGUGGCGCCUACAGCUGCUGCAGCUGCACUGCAUCUGUUGGCCAAAUCUCACGACGAGCUGCCGCAAUCACCGCGCCUACACAGAGCUUCACCCUCGCCCAUGUCGAGCAGACAGGGCUCCCUUCGGCGACGCAACAAGAGCGCGCCACGCAACUCUUAUGACGACUAUGAAGAGCGCACCAUUCCCACGUUGAGACACUCAAAUACUAAUGAAUUUUUAAGGGAGUGCCAGGGCAAUGCGCUGCUCGAAGCGGAUCCCAAUCGCAGUCGUUCGCGUCUCAACGAUCGUGAGCGCCGCCAGGCAGCGCUGCCCAUACUUGUAUUUGGCAGUGAGCUGGUUGAGCAGUUCUAUUCUCGCCAGUUUCAGGAUCGCGAGGACGGCUUGGUGCGCUUGCGUAACUUUCUUAAGGAGCAGGAGCUGCAGCUGAACAACAAUGAGCAGGUGGCUAGUCCCAAUAAAGUGGCACGCAGCGCUGCCUUAUUGCUGCAUCGGGCUGUUAGAGAUGCGGUUUAUUCUGUUUUUAACCAAGCCACCGAAACGGUGCGUGUGCUCUUUCUAGAGUACGUGCCGGGACGUGUGUCACCCAGCGAAGUGGCUCGUUGCGUGGAUCGUCUGCUGCCUGAGUUGCUGGCCAAGUCGGGUGAUCCUUCGGCGCGCCUGCAUACGCUGGCGCAACACACUAUACUGAGUAUAGCUGCCUGUCCAGCAGUGGCGGAGCAACAUUUGGUAGCGCCUGCUCUCUCGCGCACUGUGGGCUCGGGUACACAUCAGCGUUUGGCCAUGAGUCGAUUGCAAAUGCUAGAGCAACUAGUAAAUACGCAAGGUAUAAGCACGGACAAGCACAGCGGCAUGACCUGUCGUGCGCUCUCAGAUUGCGGCUGUUCUGGCAUACAUCAUCCAGCGGAGACGGUGCGUAAGGUAGCCGAGCGUAUACUCUUGCUGGUCUACAAGGUGAAUCCGCGUCUAGUGCGUAAGCAGCUGCCACCCGAUGAUGAUAUCACGCGACGCAAUCUGCUGUAUCGCCAGCUAUUCACUGAAUUUGACAAGUUCGAUCUGCAGCGCAAACAGGAGCUGCUGGUCGAGGGUAAUACAUUUAACAAUUUGACUGAGGAUACGCAAUUCCUGCAUCCCACCAGCAGCUCUAAAAGCGCACAUGCUUUAGCCACCGCCAGCUGCAAUGGGAAGCAGCAAUAUAAUGAGCAGCUCAAGCGUUCCAUGCUGUCCGCCAGCAAUUCACGCAAAGGUAGCGCCUCGAACUCGGAGUCAACAGAGGAAAAUACGCCCAAGAUUCGUUGUCCAUUCUGUGAGUGGAGCUGUCCCGGUGUUGAUACAAGUCAGCUGGAUCGCCAUUAUUGGAAGACGUGUCCAUUCCUCACCAAGUGCCCGCAAUGCAGCCAAGUGCUGGAGGUAGCGGCACUCAAUUAUCAUCUGACCAGCGAGUGCGAAGCCAAAGAGAGCUAUGUGGUCUGUACACGCUGCACAGAGUCGGUGCAUAAGCAACUCUACGAGCUACAUCAAAUGGAGGAUUACUGUCGUGAACUGAAAACGGGUGCUGCUCGCUGCCCAUUGUGCCAUGACGAUGUGCAUUUGCCCUUAGAUGGCGGCUGGAAGCUACAUUUGCUUAGCACUGUCGGCUGUCCAGGCAACAUACGUAAACGGAAUUUAAAGAAAUCAAACUAAGCAGUUACCUUAACAAAACGUAUAAUCAUCUACACUAUCAUAUUGUAGUUAUAGCAUUUAGCAGCGUUAAGUCAAUUAAUUUUGUUUAUUUUAGAUCAAUUUUGUUACGCAACUUGGCUAGCACAAGCAUUACUUAUGUAUUACACUUUGGUUGUUUUCUAUACAAUGUGAUUUGUUAACUGAAACAUGAAUUUUUGAAACGUCCUACAACAAUAAAGCCCAUUC